AUGUGGGAGAUGGAGAUGAUGAUUGGCAUCUCGAUGGGUCAACGGGCCACCCGUGAGACCGAGGAGGCGAACGCCACGCCUGGGAUCGAUGGCUCAGCUACGGGAAACGUUGAGGAAAGGAAAGACCAUAGCCGUCUGGAUGGCAAAUUGAGAGAUGGAUCUUUGCGAGACUGGGUGUUUGAAGAGAUGGACCGAAUCUGGGGCGAUCUCGAGCCACCUAUGUCAGUGAUGGUGGUGAUACAUCUUGACAUGAAUAAUGUGAUCCGCUGGGCAUCUCCAAAGAGGCAGAAUCGACGGGUGAUCACAGAAUUUUCUGGCUUUGGCGGGGGACUAAGAACUGCGAAAUACGAACGAACUGUGUGUGACGUGGGGAACAAGAAAGAGGAAGAAAUUGUAGUUGAAGUUCGAGAGACCUCCAAUUAG